ACUUGACAGUCUCCGCUGUGGGUCGGGAGCGCAAUUUCCGCAGACUCAAUACCUUUGAGCUCGCGCGCUUUCAGUUUCCGGCUUCAGACAGGACCGAGCUCUUUUUUGACCCCAGAUCCCGUCCGCCGUUUUCAGACCUGAGCCUCAGCGCAGAGUGAGAGCGGGACAACAACAUGGCUAAGUCCACUGCCAUCGGCAUCGACCUGGGCACCACCUACUCGUGCGUGGGGGUGUUCCAGCACGGCAAGGUGGAGAUCAUCGCCAACGAUCAGGGCAACCGCACCACCCCCAGCUACGUAGCGUUCACCGACACCGAGCGGCUGAUCGGAGACGCGGCCAAGAACCAGGUGGCGCUGAACCCGCAGAACACCGUGUUCGACGCGAAGCGACUGAUCGGCCGCAAGUUCGGUGAUCCCGUGGUGCAGUCGGACAUGAAACACUGGCCUUUCCUGGUGGUGAACGACGGAGACAAGCCGAAGGUGCAAGUGAGCUACAAGGGGGAGACCAGGGCGUUCUAUCCCGAGGAGAUCUCGUCCAUGGUGCUGACCAAGAUGAAGGAGAUCGCCGAGGCGUACCUGGGCCACCCGGUGACCAACGCGGUGGUCACCGUGCCGGCCUACUUCAACGACUCGCAGCGCCAGGCCACGAAGGAUGCGGGGGUGAUCGCAGGGCUGAACGUGCUGAGGAUCAUAAACGAGCCCACGGCCGCCGCCAUCGCCUACGGCCUGGACAGGACCGGCAAGGGGGAGCGCAACGUACUCAUCUUUGACCUGGGCGGGGGCACCUUCGACGUGUCCAUCCUGACCAUCGACGACGGCAUCUUUGAGGUGAAGGCCACGGCCGGGGACACUCACCUCGGUGGGGAGGACUUCGACAACAGGCUGGUGAACCACUUCGUGGAAGAGUUCAAGAGGAAGCACAAGAAAGACAUAAGCCAGAACAAGCGGGCCGUGAGGCGGCUGCGCACGGCCUGCGAGAGAGCCAAGAGGACCCUGUCGUCCAGCACUCAGGCCAGCCUGGAGAUCGACUCCUUGUUCGAAGGCAUCGACUUCUACACGUCCAUCACCCGGGCGCGGUUCGAGGAGCUGUGCUCGGACCUGUUCCGGAGCACACUGGAGCCCGUGGAGAAGGCCCUGCGCGACGCCAAACUGGACAAGGCGCAGAUCCACGACCUGGUCCUGGUGGGGGGCUCCACCCGCAUCCCCAAGGUGCAGAAGCUGUUGCAGGACUUCUUCAAUGGGCGCGACCUCAACAAGAGUAUCAACCCUGACGAGGCGGUAGCCUAUGGGGCGGCGGUGCAGGCGGCCAUCCUGAUGGGCGACAAGUCGGAGAACGUGCAGGACCUGCUGCUGCUGGACGUGGCUCCCCUGUCGCUGGGGCUGGAGACGGCUGGGGGCGUGAUGACCGCCCUGAUCAAGCGCAACUCCACCAUCCCCACCAAGCAGACGCAGAUCUUCACCACCUACUCGGACAACCAGCCUGGGGUGCUGAUCCAGGUGUACGAGGGUGAGAGGGCCAUGACGCGGGACAACAACCUGUUGGGACGCUUCGAGCUGAGCGGCAUCCCACCGGCUCCCAGGGGGGUGCCCCAGAUCGAGGUGACCUUUGACAUCGACGCCAAUGGCAUUCUGAACGUCACGGCCACGGACAAGAGCACAGGCAAGGCCAACAAGAUCACCAUCACCAACGACAAGGGCCGGCUGAGCAAGGAGGAGAUCGAGCGCAUGGUGCAGGAGGCGGAGAAGUACAAAGCCGAAGACGAGGUCCAGCGCGAGCGGGUGUCUGCCAAGAACGCCCUGGAGUCGUACGCCUUCAACAUGAAGAGCGCCGUGGAGGAUGAGGGCCUCAAAGGCAAGAUCAGCGAGGCGGACAAGAAGGUGGUGCUGGACAAGUGCCAGGAGGUGAUUUCGUGGCUGGACGCCAACAGCCUGGCCGAGAAGGACGAGUUUGAGCACAAGAGGAAGGAGCUGGAGCAGGUGUGUAACCCCAUCAUCAGCGGACUGUACCAGGGGGCGAGUGGCCCCGGCCCUGGCGGUUUUGGGGCUCAGGCUCCCAAGGGAGGUUCCGGGUCUGGCCCCACCAUUGAGGAGGUUGAUUAGGGGCACAGGGACCUUCAUUUUUAACGAUUCUCUGAUACGAAAUACCCAAAGAUUUUUCUUGUCCCAGAUACUUUCUGUAUUUUCUGUUAUCUACUGUGUCAGUUAAUUCUGAAGUUCGAUUGUAAUGUGAUAAUUACCUUGUUUUCAUUAUUUGUGGCAUAACCAGUGUGUUUAUUGGAAUUCUGAAUUGAUACUAAAGGUGUUUUUUUUAAUGAAUCAACACUGCCACCCUCUGUUCUGUUUUUGCCUUGUAAACACACCAAAAAAUUGAGUUUUAAAAAAAUUUGUAUACUUCAAAAGAUAAAAAAUAAAAGUGUUAAAAAUGUUAAAACAGUGUAUGUUCAUUUGAGGAAGGAUAAUGGACUCUUGCUGGAAUGUCUGGGUUCCAUAGAUGUGGGAAAGGGACAGUACUCCUGAAUGGUAAGGUAUGCAUUUGAUGUCAAGCCUCUGGUUAUUUUUGUUGGAAUUUAAUUGUAAGUGGUAAAUGACAUGUGGGUUAGAAAACAAAAUUCUGGAUGCCUGUUUUGAGUAAGAUGGGGCUUGUUCUAGAGAGAAGUCAGAGCAGGAGCUGCGCAAAGGUUUUUGGGAGGAGAAGUUGAUGUAGCCUUACUGUUGGGAGGGAGGAGGGGGUUCAUGCUUCCUAAUCUAUACUGCACUUGGCUUGUACAGAGCCUUUCAGUUCUCACUUCUGGCCUGUGAGUCUUCCAGCCUUUUACCUAAGUUAUAAGUGAAUUUGGGGAUGGAAGAAAGCAAAAUUGAGGUGCAUUCACAGUCUGGUUCAACAGUUGGGUGACCGAGUGAAAAAAUUGUUUUAGCUUACUUUUUUAGCUUGCUUCCUUCUUGCGAAGCAUAUUGAAUGGCUUCAUUUCCAAAAUUUACAUUUCAAGGGAAAUGUGUUGUAGGCAAGUAUUUUAAGUCAUUGUCUUCCUAAGUGCCAUCAAUCAAGUGAAAUUCUGGAGGAGAGAGAUAUGGAGAGGUCAGGGGUGGGAACAUGGUGAUAGAGGGGGGCGCCAGGUACUGUACCAUGCUCUUUGUGUCACCCCAAUAAUCCUCAGUCCAUCCCACCGCCUGCUUUGUCAGAUAUUUGAAUGCUUUUUUUGUGGGUCAGUAUGUGGAGGUGGUCAUUUCAAUUACAUGUAGGGCAAAAUUAGAGAGUAACAGGUGAUAGUUUGGGAACCAGGAUUUCUUCCACAUUGCCUGAACACUGUUAGCAGUGGGUUCCUGUCUGACAGUUGUACCCCAGUUCUGUUAACCAGUAGCUUUGUCUUUUUAUGGACAAUCUCAAAACUAUAUUUAAAGUAAUAGCAAAUUUAUCUCCUCUUUCUUCAUAAUUGAAGCUGUACAGCGUUGAGCUGGGAACAUCAAGGAAAUGGGCUUUCCCACAAAAGCUCUUCCCUAAGGGGAGUUCUUCCUGCCACAGCAGUUAGAUACCACUAACACUUCCUCUUGCAUGAUGGAAUUCCAACCUCAUUCCUCUGAAAAGCUGAGCCUGAAAAUACCUAAUCCAAAAUUAAAGUAACAUGUUACAUUUUUCCAAAAAUGCUCACCAUCUAGGGAAAUUAAACAUUUUAGGAAUGACACAGUAUGUAGGAAAUAUAUGGCUCCUUGGAAGCUUGUGAAGGAGUAUGGUAAGGAUUCUUCAGUUUCUGCCCCUCCUGUUUUACUCUGAGUGAUGGUGUUACCACCUCUGAUCAGAGCAUAUUGUAAAUGCAGUUUAACUCUUGCAACAGGAACUGAGGGCUUCCUUACCUUAAAAAAAUUUUUUAAGCUUGCCAGGCAGUAGAGGGAGUAAGUAUUAAAGUUCAAGCCGCUGGAGCCAUGGUUCCCCAACCUAGUGGUAUAUUAAAGUUAUUUGGAUAAGCUAAAAAAAUACUGAUGUCGGGCUGCCCUCCACUGGAGUCACAAUCUUGGGGAGUGGGUUAAGGCAUUGUGCAGAAUUAAAGCUACCUAGGUAUUCCUAAUGUGCUGCCAAAGUUGAGAAAAAAACCCUGCCCUGGAGGCUACUCCUGAUUAUAUUUUUAGAUAGGGUCAUGGGAGAGAGGGAGUACAGGAAGGUGUCACUGCUUCCACAAACUGACUUGUGUUAAAGGACUUUAUGCUGCGAAUCAGAGGCUUGAAAGGUCUUAAGGUGUUGAUGCACCAGCUGCAGCAGCAACAAUAGAGGUUAGGGAACCCCCCAGCAACAGCGUAAGGGACCAAAAAGGAAUUCCUAAUGCUGGUGCAGUUAAUUCAUGACUCCCUCAUGAGGGAAGUGCUUCAUUAGGAAGCAGCAUCAGAAUGUCAUCUGUUAUCUGUAUAGGUACACAUCUCAGAACUUAAAGCAGAAUCACUUUGCGACAUCAACCACAGAUGAAGCUCAGCUCCUGGGAGCUGGGAAAUGUAUUGAACAGACAAAUGAAUACUGUAAGAUUCUUGGAAGAGCUAUUUUGAUGGAAAGCUGAAACCUCGGGAGAAGGGAGGGCAGGUAGAUAAUUUCAGGAGAAGAAAGUAAAAGGGUAUAUUUCCUGCACCCCAAUGGCCUUCCAAAUUUUACUGUAAGCUCAAGCUUAUCUAAAUCAUGUGACCCAAGUAGAAGACUGAUUUUGUAUGAUUUGACACCCCCAAUUAUGUUUUAUGUGGGUUUCUCACAGAAGAUGAAGAUGCCAACAUAUAUUGCCAAAUAUAUCUGCAUUUAUAAAUGAGGGGGUACAGAAGGGCCCAGGAAGGUGGGAUUUGGAUUAAUAUUUGAGUUGAUCCAGUAAAGGCCAAGAGCAAAUUACUAGAUUUUGAGGGAGGGAAAACUUGGGAAAGGGGAGUAGGGGUUGGCUGUUGCCAUCCUACCCCAAUUUGCUUCCAACCUCCCUGAGAUACAGGGCUACUCAGAGUGUAGUAGCACAAUUCCAUCGUUUCCGGCCAACUCCCAGGCCACACAGUGCUCAAAAAGGACGAAAAGAAUGGGGAAAUGGGAGGAGUUAACGGCUAUCAGUUGUUUUGCAAAAUGAGUAAGUUCUGGCGACCGGCUGCACAAGUAUGUGAAUAUGCUUUACCGAGUUGUACACUUACAAAAGGUUAGAUCGGUUUUUAAAAUCGAAACAAUUGUAUAUUUAAAUAUCGGUUUAUUGUUUGUCAAUUACACCGUAAUAAAGUUGUUUUUAAAAGAAGACAUUAAGGUUAAUGACAGGUCCCCGGGCUCCAGUGGGGUUGCGAAUUCAGAUUUCAAUGACUAGGUGGAGUGGGGUGACAGUUUCUCGGGGUGACCUGGCCUCCAAGGAAGGACGGGUGAAGAAAUAGGAAGAGUCCACGGCGUACUAACGCCAGAGGGGAGGCCACAAGAUCGCUCACUGCGCACGCGUCUGGCAGCGCCGGGGACUUUCUAAGGCCUAGCCAAUCCGGUCACCUGUUUGUUUUUCAAAAUUCACAAAAAAUUCCAGAAUAUGUGUCCAAAAGAGUGUGAAAUAUUCAGUCAUGUCCUCUCUUUCCCUUUGACUGAUUCCUUUUUGGACGAAUGAUGGGGCAAAAACAGCGGGUUGGGCCAGGCAUCCAAGAAGACAGCCAUGCCCAUCAGGCCCCCGACCACACGCUGCUUUAAAUAACCCUGGCGCGCAGGUGCCGUUCUCUUUGUGCGGUGAAGUCGCGGCUGGCUGCGGUGUCUUGUGGUGCGACUGCUGCCGCAAAGCCUUCCUCUACCCAGAGGAAAAGGCCCUGCGUCAGCUUUGCACAGCUGCAUGAUGCAUACAGGUACCUCGGGGCCCUGCUGGGUGAGGAGACCUCAGUCUCGGGCUGAGCAGGAUGAACUACCACUAUAGACUAGAGUUUCUGAUGUGUCUGUGACGCCACUGCUUCUAACUGACCCAGCCUGGGACCUGGGGAGCUCCGCUGGAGUCGCCCCGGCUUCUUCCGAAUAACUGGUUUCUUCCCAGGCCCCUGUUCUCCGCAGACAGGUCCACAGCACCACGAGGCAUGAGAGCUCUGAAAGCCCAGCCAGGGGCAGUGCCCCUUCAGAGAUGGGGCUCUAACCUGGCAACUGAAGGGCUAAAGGUUUGUGUUUGCCCUUGGAGAAUUGCUGCUGAGAUGGCUGAAUUGCCUAGGUGAUGGUUCCCGCCACAUUACUGGCUCUGACAAGAAGUGAAGAGCCUCGCCCCUUCUCCCUGGCUUACUAUAGAUUUUCCUGACACAAAGGAUGUACUCUGUGGUGAGCAGAUCUAGGAGUCUAAGUCUUUCCUGCAUUAACCUGUGUGAGCAGCUGUCAACUUCCUGGGGGAGAAACUGCCUAGAACCACAAGACUUGAUGUUGUCAAAAGGAUUCCAAUGAAAUAUCUUAUAAAGCAAGUAAAAAUACAGAUUGGUCUCAGUGAAAACAAGAUUGUACAAAAGGUUUAGAGAUGUGAAAAGUAAACAUUGAGUGUCAUAGUGUA